AUGGCGGACAAUUUUUUAGAAUUGUUGGAAAAAAAAUGGGAAAAAACUCGCUCGGGGAAAAAAGAAAUUGAGAAACUUAAAGAACGCAUUAAGGAAACAAUGAGAACAACCGCAAAAAAUAACGCUGCUGAAACUCAAAAAAAACAAGAAGCCCAAAUUACCAAACUUUCCGAAGAAUUAAAAAAACUACCAGAAAAAGACGAAGCAAUUAAGAGUUUAGAAAAGAAAAACGAAGAUUUAAAAAGUAAUUUAGAAGUUAAUAAGAAAUUAUUAGAGGAACAAAUUAAUAAGGUCAAGCAGUUAGAACAAGAACUGUUCGAAAGUGAUGAAAAAAGUAAACUGAAAAAGGAGAUAAAUGAAAGAUUGUUGUCAGAAAAAACCGAAAAAGACAAAAUUUUCUUAAUAUUUUUCAAUUACCUCCGAACUUACUCAAACGCGCUGGAAAUUAAUAAGUUGGAGGAAAUUUCAUCGCAAGCGAGCCAAGCCCGAGAAAAAUACAUAAAAAGUAUAGAUGAAUUUAAAGACAAGAGCAGCGAAAAUAAUAUGGGCGUGGAUGAUUUAUUUGAAAAUAAAAAAAAAAUUUUCACCAUAGCCAAAAUUCAGGAAAGCACAGAAUUUCCGCUUAAUCAAAAAUACAAAGGUCUAAAAAUCACUUUCGCUGAACCCAUUAAUUAUUAUGACGGCUAUUAUCGAGAAGAAGCCAAGGGAUUAAUUAUGCAAUAUAAACUCCUCCGAGAAAAAGGAUGA